AUGGCCAUCACUAGUCUCAUCCUGUUUGCAAGCGAUGACGACACUCUCCUCAGUCCAGAAGAGCGCAACCGCUUAUCCUCCUUUUCCUGUAAUGACGGCUAUAGUCCUCCGGAUGCUAGCCCUUGGACAGCGGUCCUUACGCACGGGCUACAAUUGGGUGCCGAAUACUUCGGGUCCCAAGACCCCUUGGUCGGGAGCCUUUCAGCAAAUGCUAUCCGCGGGUUCACGGAGGCAUGUACCAUGGAAUACCGCAUGGAGCACGGGAACUUGCCCAUGCAUCUUACAACCCACGGAAAGCCACGUCCAAGCUCCGAGUGGUGUGCGGCCGAAGCAUUCCCGGGGUAUCUUCGUUCUAUGAGUGGCAUUUCGUUUCACUAUAUACCUCCGAUAUUCAAGUAUUCUCGUACCGAGGAGGUCCCUUCUCCUUACUGGUUGGGAGUGGCUCCCGUCGUCCGGAACUUCAUUGAUUACACAAACGACCUGCUUUCUUGCCCCAAGGAGGUCCUCAAUGGUGAGACACGGAACUACCUUCUGCUAGCUACAAGGGCCAGGAGAGUAGCCGGAAGAUCGUCCAGGUUUGGCUCGAAAUUAUGGACUUUCCGAGACACCUUCUGCGAAACACUUGAAAAUGUGCAGAAUAUUGUUUUUGCUUUGGACAAGGCUGUCACAAGUUACAUGCCCGCCGAUAACAAUGCACGGGAGGAUGGUAACAAGACUCAAGAUGAUCCCAACGUGCAGCUGGCUGCAAAGUGCUGGUUCUCUUUCCGACAGAACUACAUCUCCUUUCAUCUGGAGUCCAAGAGGUACGGAUUAGAUCGUCUUGCUUUCGAGAGGAAUAACUACACUGUUGAAGAGCUGUGUGCACCAAAGCACAAGCCCAUGAAUGUUGUUUGUGUAGGCGCGGCGACUGCUUGCUUAUUUCUAAUCUCUGCGUUGGGCUAUCGUUAUUUCCGCAAGUAA